AUGUCUUUGCAACCAUCAGUUGGAACUUCAAGGAUUUUGGAGGAGGUUGUUGCCCCAGAAUGGGAUGAAAAUCUCAUUCUGAUCGAAGAUAACGAUGGACCACAUGGUACGAAGGGUGCUGCUGACAAUAAGGUUAAGCAAGCCAAAACCAAGCUUAACAUCAAGUGGCAAGCUCAGCCUUCUAAUUCGCCAGAUCUCAACCCUAUUGAGACCAUUUGGCGCAUUAUCAAGCAGCGUUUAAAGAAUAGGGGGGUCAUCUUCCAGACAGAGGCGCUGAAGGCUGCUAUCCAGGAGGAAUGGGAUAAAAUCACCAUAGAGGAGAUCAACAAUGCUAUCUCCACCAUGCCAGAUAGAGUAACUUGUUUGCAGGAGCGUUUUGGGAAGGCCAUACCCUAUUAG